ACCUAUAGCUCAGUCCGCACGCUGCGUUCCCCGCGGAGACAUGGCGGUCCUGGGCGUGCAGCUGGUGGUGACCCUGUUUACAGCCACCCUCAUGCACAGACUGGCUCCACACUGCUCCUUUGCGCGAUGGCUGCUCUGCAGUGGCAGUCUCUUCCGAUAUAAGCAUCCGUCAGAAGAGGAGCUUCGGGCGCUGGCAGGGAAACAGAGGCCCCGAGGACGGCGGGAGCGGUGGCCCAACAUUCCCGGUGAUGAGAAGCCACUGCUGGUGCCACGGGACGCCCCGUUUCAGCUGGAGACCUGUCCUCUCACCCCAGUGGACGCUCUAGUCCUGUGCUUCUUCCUGGAGUACCAGUGGUUCGUGGACUUCGCGGUGUACGCGGGCGGCGUGUACCUGUUCACCGAGGCCUACUUCUACCUGCUGGGCCCGCGGGAAGCCAACAUUGCCGUGUUCUGGUGCCUGCUCGCUGUGGCCUUCUCCAUCAAGGUGUUCGUGACGGUAACCCGGAUGUACUUCAGUGUGCAGGGUGGCGAGCGUGCUGUGUGCUGCACCUUCGCCUUCCUCUUCCUCCUCCUGGCCAUGCUGGUGCAGGUAGUGCAGGAUGAUGUGCUGGAGCUGGGCCUGGGACCAGGCCUAGCCAGUGGGACCCGGAACCUGGAACCGCUCCUGAAGCAGCAGGGCUGGGACUGGAUGCUCCCUGUGGCCACAUUGACCAUCCGCGUGGGGCUGGCAGUUGUGGGCUCCGUGCUGGGCGCCUUCCUCACCUUUCCUGGCCUGCGGCUGGCCCAGACGCACCGUGAUGCACUGACCAUGGCGGAGAACCGGCCCCUGCUGCAGUUCUUCCUGCACACCAGCUUCCUCUCUCCGCUGUUCGUCCUAUGGCUCUGGACUAAGCCCAUCGCGCGGGACUUCCUCUGCCAGGCGCCCUCCGGGACAUCACCCUUAGGCCUGCUGUCAGACUCAGCCUUCGACUCGCUGCGCCUCUGGGUGUUGGUGGCGCUGUGCCUGCUGCGGCUGGCGGUGACCCGGCCCCACCUGCAGGCCUACCUGUGCCUGGCAAAGGCGCGCGUAGAGCAGCUGCGCAAGGAAGCUGGCCAUGUGGAGGCCAGGGAGAUCCAGCAGCGGGUUGUCCGGGUCUACUGCUACGUGGCGGUGGUGAGCCUGCAGUACCUGACGCCACUCAUCCUCACGCUCAACUGCACGCUGCUGCUCAAGUGGCUGGGCUGCUACUCUUGGGGCCUGGGUCCGGCACCCCCUCUGCUGGUGGCCCCGUCCUCAGCCGGUGCUGGCCUGGGAGAGGACGAGGCGCAGCGCGCAGCUGCCGGCAUCGCAGCUGCCCUGCGCGGCCUGGCCACGCCCCUGCUGCUGCGCGGCGUCCUGGCUUUCCUCAUCUGGUGGACCGCAGCUUGCCAGCUCGUCUCCAGCCUCUUCGGCCUCUACUUCCACCAACACCUGGCAGUCUGCUAGCCGUGCCCGUGGCCCCUAGCCCUGAAGCCCAGUCCAGCCACGCAGCAGGCUGCCACUCUGUAGGCCUCAGUGUUCCAGCACCUCUGCGAUGCACGGGCCACGGGCGCUUGGGAGCCCCUAGAGACUGGCUCCCUAGACCCGAGGAAGGAGGGCCAACGCCCUUGUCUCCAGGUGGGCGUGCAACACCUCAGUGGCCACUGAUUUUGGGACUAAAGGAGCCCGCCACGCCUGGGUGUGAAUGG